GUGGCGGUGUUAGUUUGUUGAUUUUUCGCGGCUACAUUGAUUGGGUCCGAUUUGAAGUUGACUGGAUUAGUUUUCGCGUUCGUUUGUUAGCCGGUUGAAUGGAGUUUUUAUUCGAAUUUAUGUGGUGUUUGAAACAUUGAAAAAUUCCGUUACUAUUUCGCAUUACGGUACGUCUGCGAUAAAAUUGGAUGUUCACGUCGCGGUCAUUUGGAUUAUGAUUAGAAAACAGUGAAUUUUGCAAUAAUGAUUUUUUGAUUUUUUUUGUUUUUGUUUUUGUAUUUCUUUGAACGCAAGAAAUUUAAUGUGAAUAUUAACCGAGAACAAAUUUAUUACAAAUCUAUGAGUUCUACGAAGAAAAGAGAAUAAAUCGAUCUUGUGAAAAUCUGGAACUUUGGUUACGAGGAAACGCAGCCAAAGUUCUCAGAAUUAUUUUUAUCAAGUUGGAAUAUUUAUAAUUUAUGGAUAAGAAAUUAUUUUCAAGGACAAAUUUUAACUGGAAACAAUUUCUAAAUAUGCCGUCAUCUGAUAUUACAUUUGAUACUUGUGAUCCUAAACUAUACGAAACUCCAUUCAAGUUGUCCAAAUUUAAGCUUAAAAAAUCUCUUGGCCGAGUGGAUGUGCUAAGAAAUAAUGCAGAAGACUUUUGCCCAAAAACUGCAGAAAUAACAGCAGAUCCAGCAUGGAUUACAUCCGGAUCGUUGGGCUCCCGAGAUGCGGUACUUUUGUUCAGCACAAGUAUUCUAAAUGUGCAAAUGUCAGAGCAAAACGGUACACCGCCGGAUAGCCUUAAUAAUUCAGAUGUAAAUGAUACAGCAAUUGAAGCUGUAAAUGCAGCCAAAGGUGAUCAAAAUCUAGUGACAAAUACAAAUGUAAAUUCCAAUGCCAAAGUGCUAUCUUCACUGCCUAAAAACACUACUACUAAUACAAGUAAUAGUUUAAGCCAUCAGAAAAAGGAUAACAAAAAGGCUCCCCUACCAUCUGCAACCAGUGCAUUUAGUCGACUCAUAAGUGGAACUUCACCAAAGAAACAAUUGCAUUAUUCGUUAUCGUCUAGCGAUUCAUCAAUUUCAAGUGAAUGCAAUGAUCCAGCUGAAAUUGAAGAUGAUAUUGCUAAGGCAACAACAACUGGUGAGGAAACAACGACUAAUGGAUCCAACGAUACAACGAGUAAUGGAAGUAAAUGUGAUAUUGUUGGCGACAAAAAAGUCGUCGAAAGUGAUUGCACAUCGAAUGAGAAACAUGUCUCUUUCGAAGAUACUGAAAAUUUGAAUGAUUCAAAAACGGAUAAUAGUAUUAAAGAUAUGCCAGCGGCUAAGCUUAAUAUUACGUAUAGGUUUAUGAACACGGAAACUAAAUUGCUAAAGCGGAUUUUCAUAGCUCACGGCCUAACUGAAUCGCAAGAAGAGAAAAACUUUAGUAUUCUUUGGACAGGAGUACAUUUGAAGCCAGAUAUUCUUAGGAAUUUGACACCUUAUCAACGUGUGAAUCAUUUUCCCAGAUCAUAUGAACUGACGCGUAAGGAUCGGAUGUAUAAAAAUAUUGAAAAGAUGCAACACCUUCGUGGCUUUAAACAUUUCGAUAUCGUUCCACAAUCGUUUAUUUUACCAUUGGAAUACCGUGAUUUAGUGUCGGCUCAUAAUAAAUACCGUGGCCCAUGGAUCGUCAAACCUGCAGCUUCGAGUCGGGGAAGAGGCAUUUUCAUUGUAAACUCGCCUGAACAGGUGCCUGCAGAAGAACAGCUUCUAGUCUCCAAAUAUAUUGCGGAUCCGUUGUGUAUAGACGGCCAUAAGUGUGAUCUACGUGUUUAUGUAGCGGUAACUUCUUUUGAUCCCCUCAUUAUAUACAUCUACGAAGAAGGCUUAGUUCGGCUGGCUACUGUUAAGUAUGACCGCACAGUGGAGAACCUGUGGAACCCGUGCAUGCAUCUCUGCAACUACAGCAUAAACAAAUAUCACUCGGACUACAUUAAAUCACGUGAUGCGGACGACGAAGAUGUAGGCCAUAAGUGGACACUUAGUGCCCUUCUGCGACACCUCAAAAGCCAGGGAUGCGAUACAAAACAAUUGAUGGCGAGCAUCGAGGAUCUUAUAAUCAAAUCAAUGUUUGCAUGCGCUCAGUCCAUUAUAUCGGCUUGUAGAAUGUUUGUCCCGAAUGGAAACAAUUGUUUCGAGCUAUAUGGAUUCGAUAUACUCAUCGAUGAUACACUCAAACCGUGGCUGCUAGAAAUCAAUUUAUCGCCGUCACUUGGUAUCGAUUCGCCACUAGAUACCAAGGUGAAAGCAUCGCUUAUAACGGAUCUCUUAACAUUAGUUGGUAUUCCGGCCUAUAGUCCUAUAAUGCGGACACACUAUGAUACAAAAUGGACGCGUUAUCGAAACGUAAAUUAUCGUCGGGCUAAUUCAGCAGAUCAUUUGAAUAGUACAUCUGGAAAAAAGAGCGCCAACAAUGUAACCACACCGUUAACAACCGAGGAAGCUAGGAUCGUGAGAAAUGCCAAAGCACAAAAUGCACGACGUGGCGGUUUUGUGAGGAUAUUCCCCACGGCUGAUAGCAUGCAACGAUAUGGUGCCUUCCUGGACCCAAUUACCGGAAUCCCUGUUUCAACUAUACCCCCAAGUGGUAAAGGGGCAUGUGCCAUGAUUCUACCUCAUAACUACAAUCAGCUUCUCUACAAUGAGCUUUUCGGGAAUACGGCGAAACAUAAAAAAACAAGCGGCAUCGACGCAAGAAUGCAGCAGUAUGAGCGAGCCUUAGACUUACAAAGUGUUCUUAAUUUAAGCAUAAAAAAGCCUGCCCCAAAGGAUGUCGAAGAAGGGAAGCGCCUGAUGAGGCAAGUACGCAAACUGAUUGAGGCUGGUUCGGAACUCACUCAGUUGCAAGCUAGACAACUCUUUAGUCAUUAUUUGGAAGCUGUUUUACGGAGAUUAUCUCAAGAGCCUCGAAGCCAUCACGAGAAACUUAUUCUGAAAUUUAUCAACCGGGCAAGCUGCACAUACAAGGCCCCUGCAUUCUUACGAAACCCACUCAGCCAUCGAAUUCUUAGCAAGGAUCGUUCGGCUAUGGUGGCCAAACUGCUAGGCGAUUACUUAGAAACAUACAACCGUGAAACUGAUUGUUAUGUUGACUCAUUUGACGCUUAUGGCAUGAUUCCUAGCGCCGUUUUUAAUGAGCUGCUUUCACAUGCACAAGAACACGAGCUGGAAUCAGUUCUUACGUUGCAUACAAAUCGCACUAAAUCAAUGCCUUUCCUAUACAAUCGGUGCGGAAGCAAUGUUCCCGAUACGCCUCCAAUCCCAACCGGUGCUCAUGGUUUUCUUAAAGCGCUACCAAGCAUGGUUGCCGGGGUACAGACUCGCGAUCAAGCUGACAUCGAUAGCUAUUAUAAAAACGUGGACUUAAUUGAAUCGACUCAUGAUAUUCAAACCAGUAAAACUGAGAAAAACGGGGAAAGGUACAUAGAAAAGGCGGUCUCCAUAACUACGGCAGCAUCGAAAAAGAAAUUCUCUCAAAUGGCCAAAAGAUAAUAGAUUAAAAUUUUCAAGUAUUUCAGUUGAAAUUCGAAAGGCUGGAGUGCGGAAAAAAAAUCGUUGCUAAUUACCAAAGCUGCAUAUGUAAAUGGUUUCCAAUAGUCUUAUAAUUGGAAAGUUGAAAUAAAUGUCUAAGCGUUUAAUUUAACGUAAUUUAUUUCGGGCUUUGGGGCUUGGCGACUUUGUAGCAAAUUUAUAAUUUUUCAAUUGAAGAAUGCAGACCCUUCAAAAUCAUUCAAAUUCAAUUAUAUUAAAAAUGUUUACAGUUUACCUGUUGGAUUUGUUUCACAUCCACAAACAAAAAAAGAAAAUGUAACAAACCGAGUUGUGCAAAAAUUAACGUCGAUGUCUGCAUGCGAAUGAUAUUGAGUCAAACUUUUAUAUGCUUAAAAUUCUUUACUAUUCGGCCUAGUGAAAAAAAAACAAAAUCUGGCGAUAGAAAACUUUUUUAUCAAUGCGUGAUACCCAAUCUAUUUUCGAUUACUUUACAUCAAAGGCAUUUAUGUGUUUUCGAAACAUCUUCUCAUUGGACUUUUUACCAUUUUCUAGUUUCCUAAAUGUGAGAAAUGUCUUAAAACAAGCACGUUGCCAAGCUAUCAAUUUUAACACAUACAAUCAAUACUUAGAAAUGUAAAGAUGAAAACGUUUUAAAUGUUCAGCCGUUGCUUAAAAAUGUUGAGAAAAAAAAACAGAAAACUAAAAUCAAUUCUGGGGGUUAAAAAUUAUUGUGAUAUAAAAUGAAUUCCCGAAAAGAACUCAAUUCAGUGUUACAUUUAAACAGAAAGUAGAGGAAAAAGUUUGUAAAAGUGUGUGUAUGUCUAAAGCUGCCAUGUUUUUUACGCAGGCGAAAGAAAAGAUGUUUUCUAGGUCCUAUUUUUAAGUUAUUGUCUUAUUAAGCAUUCAAAUGUGUAGAUUCUAACGCGUACUCUUUUAAUUUAUCGUUAUUUAUUUUUUAUACAUAAUUUAUUAUAAACAAUUUGAGCACAAUACUUUUUUAUAAUCGUACUGAAUAUUUUUUUCAUUUUAUCUAGUUUGUUAGACGUUUGAACUGUAAAUUAAAGAUGUGAAUGCGUUUCGGCUGGAUUGCAGUAGCAACAUUCCAAACACGGGAUAAAAAACUGUUGCCGUCGUUGAGUGGUGCACUUCAGUUCACUUCUGUUUGUUCCUAUAUAUCCCGUCAAUUUUUUCGUUUCUUGGGCAAACCAAGAAUAGAAUAAUAUUUACCAAUGUGUGAAACCAUGUGCCAGUUUGCUUUUCUCAAAGAUUAUGACGCACAUUGAAAUGAACGUUUGAAUAUUUUAAUGAUUUCCAUUAGUCACAAUCAUUAUUCUACAAUAAUUAACAAAGAUCGUUAUAUGUACAUGUCGUGCUUUUCGUCGGCACCCAUUUUCUCCUUAUUCCAGAUUUUCAAUUUCUUCUAGAUAGAACCUUAAAUUUAGGUACAAGUUACCACAGAAGUUUCGAUGAGAUUUACGGACUUGAUGGAAGACCGCUGAUCCCUAAUCACGAAUCCAAUCAUAGUUUGGUCAUGUUUUCUGUUUGGUUCGCUGCUAAUUUUUAAAAUGUCAAAAUUGUAGUUAAUUUUCAUCCAAAAUAAUUUGAAAAAAAAUUAUAAAAUCUAUUGGAUCUCCUAUAAUAGGACAAUUUCAUUGCUGGUUGAUUAUCGAAUGUUUAAGCCCAACAGCUUCAUAAAGCAAAACAAUGCAAUUGUCACCCUCAGACUAAACUCAAGUUUUGCAGCCGGCAUAUAGUAUUCUUUUAAAAAAUGUGGCUGCAAAGCUCGAAUAUAGUCUUGAUUUUUGAUGUGCAAUGUGCCGUCAAAAAUAUACUGGAUGCAAAAUUUAAGUGCAAUUUGUGAAGCCCAACGUCCUCCUGUGCUGUUUGAGUGGUCUACUUGGUGCCUUGCUGUGGUUGUUUAUAUUUGUGUUGUCUUCCAGCGUCCCCAGGAACUAACAGUGUAGUCUCUCAUAUGGCACACGGCUACUUGUAGGAAAAUAGAAGGCAAACAAAAAGCCUAUGAAGUCAGGAAUGUUGAAAACGAUAGACGUUUGCCUUGAGUGGUUUUUAAUCUUCUUCUUUUUCAGUCUUUGCCCCGUUCAGAAACGGAGUCGGCUCGAUUGCGCCAUUUUAGUCAGUCAAAAAGCUAAUCUAAAUGGAAUCGCGGGAGUCCCAAACCACCAUCCAGCGUAUCAAACCAGCUUUGUUUUGGCCAGCCUUUUGGUCGUUUCCUAUCGAUGUCCUCAUUUCGGAUUUAAUCGUGGCGUUUUACGAGACACUAGUCCGUCCAACAGAACAUUUUCGUUUCUAUUAUCACGAAACACCGUUCAUUAUCUAUUAUAAUCGGCCAACACUCAGAACCAGAGAGGAAGACAAGGCGGUAAAUUUUGUAUUUGAGACAUUCGUUGAUGUGUCGAUCGCAAAGAACGCCACUUCAUCCAAGUUUCGCUGAGGCGUGAAGUAAUUCUGACCACAUUGAUCCGAAAUAUUUAAAUCGCUCAAUUCAGAGCCGCUGACAGUAAUAGUCCCUGUUUCAUUGGGAUCGGUCGUUAAAAAUUCUUUUUCAUUCAGAUUCAAUCCGAAAAGGGGUUGUCGGUCAGUGUUGAAGCGGUUAUUCCAUUUUUGAACAAGUUGCUAUGAAACGCUAGAAAAAAGUCAUCUGCAUAGAGCAGUGUAGCGGACUCUGUACGUUAGAUGUUCCGUUUGACAGUGUCCACAUCGAGAGAAGUCAGAGGGUCCUGUUUUGAUAGACAUCGACGGAGACAUGAAGCGAUUUUGAUAUGCACACUACACUUUACUUUUCGAAUCGUGGUAAAGUAAUUUAAUCCAACGCACCAGAUCAGUAUCAGAUAAAUUUGUGUGGAACGUAGUCAAACUUCCUUUUUAGCUCUGUCGCGCUUUCUGUGCUCAAUUUUAUUGCGUUUGUCGCCCUCUAAUUUGCAUCCCACCUCCUCCAUAAGGUUAUGAGGUCCGAUAACUACUUUGAGGCGAUUGUUCAACCUCCAUUUUUCAUCAGAGAAUUCCGAAGGAAACUGUGUAAGAUGGUAAUUUAAUUCUCCAUGCUUUCGCUCGGCUCAUUUCCGAAUACACGGGAUCAGUGUCUAGGCCCAGCGGCCUUGUUCGGAAUUAUUACACCAUUGCUACCAUCUCCUAAGCAGCCCCUUCCUAGGCUUUUCGGAAGUCUGCAAUCACAUCGAGCGGGUUUGUCCUUAUUCUCUUGUAAAGACAGUGCGCCUCAUUCGCUAGGAGAUCCAAGGAGUCGAUUUCACAAUUAACACCACGUCGGGCCGUCUAUAAAACAUAUCAAUGCUACCUCUUCUGACACAGGCCAAAGCCUGUACUCCAUCAUACAUUAUGUUACACGUCAGAGGCCCCAAUAGGGGCCCUGGGGAAUACACAACAUAUUCUUUCAGUCCGUUAUCCGUCGCGUACUAAAGAGGUAACUCUCGACUAUCCGAGGAGGAUCAUUAUCACACCAAAGUGAAUUAUCUGACAUGCUAAAUGCAUAUACAUUACAACCUAUGUGCAAGCAAUGCUGCACUCAAAUAUUCUUACACAAGAAAUACACAAAGCUUUUCAUAUUUGAAGCGAAAAGUAGUCCGUUUUCGACUUGUUUAAGAUUUGCUGGUUUUUAGCACCAAAAACUUGAUUUACAUAAAAGUAUCUAACACCAAUCUGCGCUUAAUCCAAUCCCAGUUGUCUGUAUUAAAGGCAUCCGGGACAUCUAGUGUCACCACUGCGCAGCACUUACCAACGGCUCCCGAUCUAAAUACAUGACCGUUGCUAUCGACUGAAUGUAGAACAGGCUGGCCGAAAGCCAUACUGGCACUCCGAUAGACCCGCCACCCCACCUCUCCAACAACUUCCCCAUAGUGUCUAAAAGACAGAUCGGACGAUAUGAAAAGAAUGCACCAGGUGGUUUUUGCGGCUUCGGUAGCAAGACGUCUUUUCCAAUAGUCGAACCACUUGGGUCUGAUUUUAGCAGCCAACUUCGUGGCUUUGUUCUGAAUCCCGUCCAAUCCCGGAGACUUAUUAUCUCCAAUUCAUCCUCACAUCUCUCGUAGAUCCUCCUCGGUCACCACUGGACUUGAGAAGACGUGCUGUUGAAUCGUUGGCUAAGGUCCAUUUUCUACCGAUUAUGGUAAAAGAAUUGCGAUUGUUUUGAAUACUUGGGGAGAUUUUUGCCCACGAAUCCUGUUAAUUAUAACCUUUUAUGGUAAGCAGCGUCCCACGAGUUCCUUUUUGCCUCAAGGCACAGCUGUAUCAUUUUCCAGAGAUAAGGAGGUAUUCCCAAUUAUAAUUUGACAAGAAAAGAAACUGUGACAAAGGUGAACUGGAGUAUAAAUCGCAGGCAAUGUAGGCGCGAGUUGUACAUGUUUGGAUAGGACGCUGAUAUUGAGAAGUUUCGUACAUUAUGUCGUAGAUGAGCGUAAUUUAGCGCAGGAAAGGAAGGAGGCGAAUCAUUUUACUAUUUUUUUUAAAAAAAUGUAUAAACAAACGGCCACUUUGUUUGUCCUGAACGCAAAUUUCAUGCAUUUUUGCGGAAGCCAGAAAGAUAUUUUCUGGAAGUUGUUCGACCAUGCCAGGUCCUUUGAAAUGUUCAAAGGAUAGUACAGUAACUCUUGUUUUUCUACUGGUAACCACCGCUUUCGCAAUGUUCGUAUUGGGGGUUUGUUUUCGGAGUUCUCGAUUCCAACAGGGAACAGAUUUACCCAACUACCUCGAGGAAUAGGGCAAGACUCUUCAAGGCAUUUUAAGAGUGUGCGGUUCAGAGUUUCCAUUUGAGUUUCUAACGCCAAAGGAGUCUUGAGUCGCCUAGCUACACUUUAUUGCGAAGAAGUUCAUUGAACUUUGCCCAAUUCUUAAUAUUACAAUCUGUUAGCCCAUAAUACUCUAAGUAAUAAAGUUCUGACAGUGAAACUUCGUCUAGCGCCCGCCAAUUUCUAAUCAACUCUAUGUUUUUGAAGUACAAAUUGUUAGGUCACUUCACUUCAACUUAGUUCGACGAAAGUUGCAGCAUAUCUCACACUUGCACUGAUGAGACCAGCUGAAGUAAUGAAAUCAAAUAGCUUCUCUCAUCUAGGAUGGCUUUUGCUGCACUCUCCAGAAAUAUGCAGGGGGUUCGCAUCGCAACCUAUUAAUACUCAAGACUAUUUGACUCAGCAUACGCUGCUUCUUACCAGAUCCUUUAUUUCUUACAUUGGUGGAAGGCACAGAAUCAUAGGGAAGGUAAACAGAGCCAAUUAUAACAUUUCUCCUCUUAUCACUAACUUAGUAUUAAAAGAUGGUGGCAGCUAGGUCCUGGCCUGCCUUAGCAAAUUUUAUAUUAGGACACAGACUGCAUCUUCCAUCAUAGAAGAUCCUAGCCACCUUUACUAAUCCAAUAUCACUGAUUUUGGUAAUCCGAAACUAUGGCUAUAAGCGCAGUCCUGUAACUUUGCCAACCUUGCUGCCAUCAGAACGGAAGCGCUUUUGGCAUACUCAAAGUUAAUUUGUAUGCCUCCGGUUCACUCUUUCCGGAAUAUUGCGGGUCCAGUUCCAGUUUUCGUUUAGAUUUGGCUUCAGUUUCAUUACCAUCAAUAAUCCCACAGUAAUAGCGCAGCACAAAGGCAAACACAAACAUCCACGACGAAUUGGAAGUCGAAACCGGGACAAGGAGAUCAAGCGGUCAAGGUGCCCUGAAAUUAUUUAACUAGAAUUUGUUUUUAGACAUAAAUAUAGUUUUAUAUGAUGAGAAAACCCGCCGGUGACGGGAAAGUUUAUUGCGUCCAGUGUAGGUCUCGCUGGAGUUACUUAUCCUAAGCACCUUUUGCUUGGGAUCUGCUUUCUUGCGUCCGAUUUCUCUGGAUAUUACCACGCCCAGUGGUGCAACAACCGCCAUGUCCUUAUUCCCAAAGAGCUUCGCUUUCGGCUAUCAUCGGCUGGGAACCUUUUCAAGUUCACGAUGUUCAUUCCGCAUGGAUUCGUUUCCAUAUGCCGGUGUUGGGCUUUUCCUUCCUUCCUUUUUUUUCGCUUGUAUUGAUAGAGGUUGAAGGGAAGAUUCUGACAGGCAAGAUUUAGCUCUUUUAUUUGGUACUCGUGCCUUUCCCUUACAUUUGCUGGAAGAAUUAGACACCAGUGACACGGACAGACCGAAUAUAGUCGGGUUUCCAGGUACUCCCAAUAUGGGAGUUGCUCUAUUCACCCUUCUGGCUGACUGUGCCCUAAGUACUAAGUGUAGGCGUUAGGUUGUCCAUUGGAGUGGUCGAAGUCUGCGACUUGUUAUCAGUUGCAAUGCCAACAUCCGUAGCUUCCACAUUCAGAUUUUCGGCACUCUCAGUAUAGUGGUAAGUUAUUAUAGGCUACUCCUGCUCGAGCGGAAAAACAAGCCCACAUUAUACUAGUGUACACCCAGACUUAAAAACGAAGGGAACAUCCGAGUACAACUUUGAAAAUUAAAGUAAAUUUAAUGAUUUCUUUGUUAAGUUUAAGGAGGACUCUGGCGAAGGAUGCAAAAAGGAGGGGGGAGGUGUAAAAUCGUUUUCCUUACAAUUAAGACUAGUUUCCCAGAAACUGCCUAAUCGGAAGCAGGGCAGGGAAAGCCAUGAUAAUCUGUCAUAGAUAACAUCUAGGCCUCGAAUUGCGUUCCACUCAGCUAUCUAAAAAAAUAAAAUUAAUAGCGUAUUACUGUAAUUGGGAAAACCGUCGUAACUUCAUCCUAGAAGUGCAAAAUUUUGCAGCAAAACAAUAGGCGCGACACCAGAAAAUUCAGUAUAAAUUAUACUAUCGCUAACAGGAUUAAGAUAGGUGAGGGUCCUGCGUUUCCAGUGAAUUGCGCAGGCAUAUACACUCAAAGUUUCUUUCAAAAACAAAUCCAAAAUUGUUCACUUCUGAAGCCUCUAGCUCUUGGUUUCAUUUUAUGUGAAUGAUUCCAAAGCAAGUUAAUCUUUUAAAUACGCAACCAUUUUGUGCAAUGGCAUCUUCUCACAGCAGAUAAUAUGUUGCUUCUAAUCAAGAUUUUGUUGUUUUUUUUAUACGGACAACUUGACUGUUUAGGGUAUUUUUUAAAUAUAUUUUUGAUUCUUUAAAUUAUUUUAAUUUUAUAUGCGUAGGUGGGAAACGAAUAAAAAGGCUAUUGCUUGG